UCUCCGGUUAAUCCAGCUUCUGCCAUGGAGCUUUACGAAGAGGCGUUCAAGCUACAGGAAAUGAUCGAGUCAGACAUGCGUGCCGAACUGUCGCCAUCGGGGGGCGACCUGCGCUGUGGCAUGGACGACUCGCUGGACGCCUUCGAGCCGCCCUCCGUCUGGUCCACCGGCAUCUCGCUCAUCUCGGAGCUGGACGGUCUCGAGGGUCUCCUCGUUGAUCCGCAAACCGGACUGCCUUCUCACCACCGGUCCUCCAACGGCUCCGAGCACGCUGCAACUGAAUGUCACGCUCGCGGCUGUCACCACGGCUGCAGCAACAGCGCCCACUGUGCAAACUACAUCAUCAGCGACGUCCUUAGACCAGCUGAGCGUGCAACCCAUGUCGUCCCCGUCCUCACCCGACGACGAGGCGGGAGUGGUGACAACGCUACAAGACGUAGCAACAGCCGACGACACCCUGGCCUCUGGUUCCACCCAAAGCCGGCGUACUCGUACUCCUGUCUCAUCGCCAUGGCAUUACGAAAUAGCAGCACAGGCAGCCUUCCCGUCAAUGAGAUCUACAGCUUCAUGACGGAGAACUUCCCGUACUUCCGGACGGCACCAAGCGGGUGGAAGAAUUCUGUACGCCAUAACCUGUCCCUCAACAAGUGCUUCGAGAAGAUCGAAAAGCCUGGCGCACAGCAGCGCAAGGGCUGCCUAUGGACACUGAAUCCAGCCAGGGCGGCCAAGAUGCACGACGAGCUUUUGAAGUGGAGCCGCAAGGACCCGGUGGCCAUUCGAAGAAGCAUGGCCAAUCCCGAACGCCUUGAAAUGCUUGAACGCGGCCAGCCACAGUCCACCGUUGCCACUUCCGGUGACUCGACACACAACAGUGAAGAGGGCUGAUGCCUCAACUCUGUCCGGAUCGAACCCUAGUCAGACGGAUCGUGCACAUUCUCGGAGAGCACCGCCGAGUCUGCUGGUCCUCUUCAGUGGUAGCCGCAACCGAGAGAUGCUCGGAAAGCAGUGUGGACAUUCUUGAUUCUUUCCUCACACUGGCUGCCCUUCGAUCCGCUACCACUGGUGCCGCAUCGGUGCGGAGUAACUUCUGGGACACCGUUGUGGUACACCUGCUCUCCGGUUAAUGCCUGCCGGCCAAAUCGCAUUCAUUCACCACUGUCUGUCAUGACAUAUCACCCGCUACACUAUACGCUACAAGACUCGACUACGUCCUCGCUGAAUCGGGGUAGUGUGCACCCAGUUCGUGAAAUAUGCAGUGGCCAGCGAUUGCGUGCCCAGCGGUCGGGCGUAUGCCAACUGAGAAAAAAAGCAACAAGAUUUUUAUGCCUUAAGCGGUACACUGUGAGUGGUGCCUUUCCCGUGUUGGGCAGUGUCAGCAUAAGUGAAUGCUGUUGCACGAUUUGCAUUCAGAAAGUGCAUGUAUACGCAGUUUCGACCCAAUGUGCCAUUUCUCAGGCCAGCCAGCACCCUCCCCCCUCCCCAAACACAUUGUAGUGUGUCGCAUAGCUUAAGAAGACAAUAUAUCUGUACCACUCUUUUUAUAGGGGAAUCGUUGAGGGAUCUUCCCUGUUGGCAAUUGCCAAGUUAUUCAGAUUCAACUGACUUGGUAAAUGUAAGCGUUGCAUGAAACGUGAAAAACUUCGCUGUUCACUUUGCAAAUUUAAAUGUUGAACUCAAGUUGUAAUGCAAAAUGGUAACUCGUAAAUGUCAAAAUGGACUUGGCCUUGAGCUGUCGGGCCUGCGAAAACCGCAAGAAGGAUGUGAGUGGAAUUAGUACUUCUGAAAAAAGCCACAUCUUCAAAGAGAUGUAAAACCAUGCAUGCCUGGUGUCGAAUUCCCAGUGACAUUUUUUUUUCCGUUUUUUAUACAGCUGAGCGGUCACGAGAGCUACAGCUCAAAGCUCUUGAACCAUAUUACGGUGAAGACAGUUGUGAUGUGAAAGUACUCUAAUUAUGACCAAUGUUUUUAGUAGUUGUACAUUUGAUAUGUUCUGAAAAGUCUAAGAUCCACCGUAUUUUUACUCCGAUGUUGAACAGUAUUGAACUUGCAACCGUUGAAAAUACUUUGUGCACAGUUUUGCGAGCAUUCCCUAAGCUGGUACUACACAGUUUUUGCUUCCGAUACCCUUGGGAAAAACCUUUUUUGGGAGAUUUCCAAGGUGCUGACCUAUUAACUUUGCCUAGUUUAAGGGCAUUGGGUUUGCCCCAGACGGGCGAACCCGAUGCUAGUGCACUGCAUUGAAUAGGCAGUCCCACUCACGUUGAAGGAAUGAAGAUGGUCUGUUCGUUCGCUUCACAGACAGUUUUACUGUUCACGAAUGUACAGGCAGAUACAUGCAUGAAAUGUGGUUGUGAGGGAACUAUUGAAAAGAGUGCUGCUGUUGACGAGGGGCCACGUCCAUCAACUUGCAAGGUGUGCCGUGUUGAGACAGAGUGGGCUGGCAGUGAAGUGGGUGCGGUUCCGCUGUUGAAGCAGUGGUGCCUCCUGAAUGUGCAAGCAGCUCCCGAUGAUCUCAGUGACUUGCAUGUUUUUAAGCUCUCGGCGGAGAAUAGAAGAAGACUAUUUAUUGACGACAUCCAUCCGAACGCACGCUCCUCCAGGUAUACGGAGGUGGUGGUUCCGUGCCCUGACAUGGAGAAAAAAGCGUAACACAGUUUUGUGGAGCACAUCGAUGAACAGCAACAAUGGAAUAGCUGUUGUGAAAGCGGUGGUUCCACCAUCAACUCUGGUGCUGUACUCCUUUUUUAGCUUUUUUUUUAAUGAGAAAGAUAUUAGUGUGAGGAUAGUAUCCUAAUGUUGGUGAUGAAAAAAAAGAACUGGGGCUUACACAUAACACAUUGAGUCAAAUAUGCACUGUGCCUCUUCGACCAUCUGGUGUAAUACGAGAGACACGAGGUGACGGCAUUGUCUCUGCCUGUGUGACACCUUCAGCGCACUUCAUUUACACUCAUUUCACGGUCAUCAUGUAGUUUUUUAAUGUCAUAAAGAGUAUAUUGACACAAAA